GCACCCCCAUGCCAGAUGAAAUUUCCGGCAUGGGUAAAACUCGCGGAAACGCCAGUCUGCUAGGCACGAAAUCUAUUUGUAAAUUGCGAGAAAACAGAAUAAAAUCCACUAAAAUGACACUGCACAAGUAAAGGCAGUAAGUCUUCAUUAGAAAAAGACGGAGGAAAUGUUUGUUCCUUCAUGCGCAUAUAUAUAUUAUUUCAUUGCAAUCGAAGAAAUAGAUUGACACUACAAAGAAAAAGUUAUCGCAUCAUAAACUUUCAUUCUAUUUAAUGUCGUCUGCUUUUAAACGUGUGAUCAACUAGACCUUCGGUAGUCAAGGACGCGCUCGAGUUCGCUGAUCAAUGAAUAAUCGGAACCACUCGAACCUUAUCGUAUAUUUUCAUAACUACCUAUCGAUUAGUCUUUUUAAAUGAAACAUUUAAACUUAAAUGUGUGUUUAUUUAAAUAGUUGCAGCCUAACGAUUCUAAAAUGAGACAAGAAUAUAUACACGGCGGCUAAAUAUUGGAUUAUUAUUAACAAUUACUUAAACACAGAUUGGAGAUUAAUUAAAAUUGAAAUUAAAGAAAACUAAAAUAAAAAUAUCCCCAAAACAAUGAAAACGACAGCAACAGUAAUCGUGACACCAGGAAAAUCAUACAGUGCUCCUGCCAGAAAAUCUCGACAUAAUGUUACAUCUAGCAGCAAAAUUCACCGUCACCCAUGGGAGAACCGCAAGGCCCUCAGUGAAGAGUAUGAAACUGAGGCAUCUGGUAGAGAAGGAUGGUGGAGGACUUACAUCCGGGAAACACCAAUUCCUGGAGCCUAUGAGAUGGAAUCCCAGCACUUGUUGUAUGAUUUAGAAAAAAGACCAAAUACAUACAGGUUCAAAUCCGAUGGUAGGAAGAUGGAUCCCCAUCCACACGGAAAAGGCGCCGUGCUUUUACCUGGCGCUUAUGAAUCGCAGGAUUUUUUAAAAAGAUUUGAAAAGGACCCGGCGACAUAUGGUUUUAAAACUGGCCAGAGAGACAAAUUUGACGUCCUUAAUUUUGGACGCAAAGACAAGGAUGUUAACGUAUCUCCAAAUGCAUACGGUGUAGAAAAAUAUUUAACCCUUACAAUAGAAAAACAACCAUCCAAACAUAGUAUGUUCAAAUCACAGGCGAGGAGAUUUCCAACAAUACAGUUUAAACCGCGAGAAGGUCCAGCCCCUGGCAAUUAUGAAUCCAUGCAAUUGGCACCAGGGAAGAGAGCCAUUUCAUCUAGUUUUAAGUCGAAAACCCCAAGAUUCUCAAGUUCACAUACGAGAGUUCCUGGUCCCGGAAGUUACGAAAAGACGUUCCAGACCCCACAGAGCGGUGUGCUACAAAAGAUGGGGCGUCAACAUGGGCUUUUCUUUUCGAGCGCUUUUCAAGUUUGAUCCACGAAUCAUUACACUUAACAAAACGAUGAAUUAAAUAUUUGAGAAUUUAUGAUAUGCAUACAAAAAUCAAAACGUAUAUACAGAAAUAUAUUAUUUAAAUGAUACAAAAAUAGUUCUAUAUAUUUUAGAUCAGAAACCACUGUCAAGUUUCACUAAGCUUGUUAAAGUAUGUGUUCAUAAAAUCAUCUUUGCCCCGACGAUUUUAAUUCAUUUAUGGUUACAUUAUUCUACUGUAUUUCUUUCAAUGGGUACUUUCAUGUUUUUGUAGUAAUUAUAGAAUAUUUACAUUUAUAAUAAAGGCAAACGCACGGAGAAGAAAGAAAGAGAAGGAAAAAACAACAGUACAAAAACAAACAAACGCCCAAAAGAUAAAAUCAACUAAAAUAUUUUAAACUAUAUUUUUCGAUAUCUACUAAGUCAAAAAUUGACGGAUAAAGCUAAAAUGACUUUAUGCUUCCAAUGGAUCGACCCUUUCUCCAGAUCUAUUAGUAUAUUCUUCAAUCAAGAGUUCCUUCGUCACCAUUUUGUAUAUUUAUGUAAGCAGCUUCACUUUGUGAAUCAGUAUUCGACAUUUCUGUGAUAUAUCUACAAAUACUGCUCGGGUUUUCCGAGCACGAUUGUUUUGUUGUAUGUUCUUAUUUUAUAAUUCUAUAUACAUAUAUCUUAUUUAUUUUAGCACAUGAUUUAAAAAAAAAGAAUUAUAUAUUGAUUGAAACGACAAAGCUUUUAUUUAUGCUAUAUCUAUAUUUUGUGUCGUUAUUAGAUUUUGCUCAAGUCGAAUAUUAUUGUUAACUAUUCAUAAGAGUAUUUGAUGUGUUUCCUAUCAUACUUAUAAUGUCGAUAAACUUGUUAUUUUUAUCAGUAUUAUUACCUGCUUUUCAUCUGUAUUUGAUGUUGUGAAAUAAAACAGUUCACAAGAAGAAA